AUGGACGAGGGUACAGCCACAGGGUUUGGAGUGCGAGGCGUCGAGGACAAGGCUGUCAAAUUAUCGACGCUUCUUGCUGAAGGCAAAGGAGUGGUGCUUGAUGGAGCCCUGGCAACCUAUCUUGAGACGCUGGGUGCAGACAUCUCCUCCGCCCUCUGGUCCGCCUCCCUCCUGCGCACCAACCCGUCCCUAAUUCAACAAACACACGCCACCUAUUUCUCCCACGCCUCUCAAAUUGCCACAACAUCCUCCUACCAAGCCUCACUCCCUGGCCUGAUAGAACACCUCUCCAUCACCGAGUCAGAAGCCGUAGAGCUCGUACGAGAGAGCGUUCUCCUCGCCCAGAGAGCACGCGAUGACUAUUUAUCUUCUACCAAACUCCACGUUGAGCAUGCCCAUGGAGCCAAGGACAGAUUACUGGUAGCAGGCAGCGUCGGCCCGUACGGCGCCUACCUCGCCGACGGCAGCGAAUACACAGGCUCCUACACGCUUACCUCCUCGCAAUACCAAUAUUUCCACCGUGGCCGCAUUGCCGCCCUGGUAGAUGCAGGCGUGCAUGUCCUGGCCAUCGAAACCAUCCCUAAUUUCGUUGAAACACGAGCACUCCUUGACCUUUUGCAGACAGAGUUUCCACACAUAGAAGCGUGGUUCGCCUUCACAUUGCAGCCCUCAGAUGCAACACGCAUAGCGGACGGUACGCCUGUAGCAGACGUUGUGGCGCUGCUCCAAGGUUACGACAACGCUGUUGCCGUGGGCGUGAAUUGCGUCGCGCCUGAGCUUGCGCUGGCUGGGCUGAGGGAGAUGCGUAAGGGGACAGGGAAGCCGCUGAUUGUGUAUGCGAAUUCGGGCGAGAAGUGGGAUGCGAAGAAGCGCGAUUGGAAAGGUGGGAAACCGGGCGGUGGCGAGUUGGCGGUAUGGGUGAGGGAUGCAUGGGAUGCUGGCGCGAGGAUCAUUGGGGGUUGCUGUCGGACCGGGCCCGAAGAUAUGGCGAACGUUGCGCAGACUUUGGGGGAGUUGAGCAGGUUUGGGUAG